UCACUGUGUCACACAGAUUAAGCGUGAUGUAAACAUGAAUUAUUGUAAAAUGAGCAAAAUAAUAUAUAUUUAAACAAUAUUUAAUUUAACCGGCACUAUGUAUCGAUUUGCAUUUUUUCAUGCACAUAAUGUGUUAGGUUUAAGAAAUAUAGUCAAUCGGAGCUCUCCAAAGUUAUUGAAUCCUAUGAAAUCAAAACCAAAUGUAAAUAUUUUAAUUCGUGGAUUACAUGAUCAAAGGAAGAAAAUAAGAUCUACACUUAACUAUGUAAUAGCACUAGGAGUGAUGACUGUGGGCUUGAGCUACGCAGCCGUGCCACUAUAUAGAAUAUUUUGCCAGGCAUACAGCUACGGAGGCACGGUGGGCCAGGCGGAGCUGGACGACAGGGUGGGCACCAUGAGUGUGGUGAAGCACCGGCCCAUCAAGAUCCGGUUCAAUGCGGACGUGGCCUCCUCCAUGCAGUGGAACUUCAAGCCGCAGCAGCUCGACAUCACGGUCCUCCCGGGCGAGACUGCGCUGGCGUUCUACACGGCGCGCAACCCCACAGACCGCCCCGUCACUGGCAUCAGCACCUACAACGUCAUCCCCUUCGAGGCCGGACAGUACUUCAACAAGAUACAGUGCUUCUGCUUCGAGGAACAACAGCUCAACCCACAUGAGAAGGUGGACAUGCCGGUGUUCUUCUACAUCGACCCGGAGUUCACGGCCGACCCGCGCAUGGAGCAUGUGGAUGAGAUCGUGCUCUCCUACACCUUCUUCGAGGCCAAGGAGGGGCUGCGCCUGCCCAUGCCCGCCUACGCGAGACAGUAAUCAACUUAUGUUCAUAUACUUAGUUAAGGUAUUAUUUUGUUGAUAUAUUUUUAAGUAGUAAAUAUAAUUUUGAAAUAUU